AUGGCACAAACUCAAGGCGAGAUUAGGGUGGGUCCAGGAAACCAGGUAAAAGAUGUUUAUGCUCGUUUACCCGAAUACAGACCUGGAAUUCCCUCUGAACAGUUAUCUCCGGAUCCAGAAGAUACACAUAUUAGGGAAGAGCUGAGAUGGGUACCUGCGAUGACUUUGGAUUCUGAUCUCUUAAUGUAUUUACGUGCCGCGAGAAGUAUGGCCGCUUUUGCAGGAAUGUGCGACGGCGGUUGUCCCGAAGAUGGUGCUAAUGCUGCCUCUAGGGAUGACACUACUAUUAAUGCCUUAGACGUGCUUCAUGACUCGGGAUACGAUCCAGGCAAGGCACUUCAGGCGUUGGUAAAAUGUCCCGUUCCUAAAGGAAUCGACAAGAAGUGGAGCGAAGAGGAAACAAAAAGGUUUGUUAAGGGCCUGAGGCAAUUUGGCAAGAACUUCUUCCGUAUCAGAAAAGAUCUCUUACCUCAUCGAGAUACCCCUGAACUAGUCGAGUUCUACUAUCUUUGGAAGAAAACACCCGGUGCGAAUAAUAAUAGACCUCACAGACGUAGAAGACAAGGGUCCUUACGUAGGAUAAGGAAUACUAGGAAUAGUAGAGGAGGUAAUGGUGCAUCUACUACAGGUCGUACCAGUGGAGCUGCAACGCCAGCUCCAGAAUCUACUGAAAAUAGGCCUUCCCCUCAACCAGGCGAAAAGAAUCCUGGCGAAACAAGUUCUGUCACAGAGGAUGACAAUGAUAAUGAGAGUGAGGAUGAUAGUGACAGUAGAGAAGCACAAUAUAGAUGCUCACACUGUUUUACUACCAAUUCAAAAGAUUGGCAACCAGGAGGGAAAGAUAGACAAAUUUUAUGUUGGGAUUGUAGAAACCAUUAUAGAAAAACCAAUGAAUUACCACCUCUUGCGCUUCCUAAUUCAACUGCAAAUACUCCACCUGCAGAAGGGCCGGAUGAAAGUCCUCAGCGAAUGCGGACUAGAAAUAAAGGUGCUAAAGAUCAGCCAGCUAAUAACAGGGCUCGUCCUAAACGCGGUGGAACGGAGACACCGGAACCUAAAACGCCGGUGAAACAAAAUGUAACGAGUAACGAAAAGACGUCAUCGUCGAACUCUCUAGGUACGCCAGCAAAGAAGAAAGGAAAGGCCGAAAAACAAGAAACGCCUAUCAAAAACAGAAAGAGAACACAGGAUAAAGUCGAUGAUGCAGAAACUGACGAAAAAGAUGGAGCUGUGUUUAAAAAGAAAAGAGACAGGGCCGAUAGCCCUGCAAGUGUUACUUCUGAUUCUGGCUCGAUGAAUGAUGAACCCGAAUCAAAUGAACCUAGUCAAGAGCCACCUGAAAUUAAUGGGCUUUCAACAAACAUUAGUAUUUCGAAUAAUAAUACAACAUUUAGUUCUACAGUUACCACGUCUGUUAAUACUAUUAUUAGCGCUAAUAAUAAUAUUAUAAUGCAGGAAUCACUAAGUAGUAAACCUCAACAAAUUAAGUGUGAAGAAAUAGAUUCUAAUAUUAUUACUUCGUCUAUCACAAAUGUAUCUCCAACAGUACCUGUUAUAACUUCAAGCAAAAUACAAAAUGCAAAUAAUGUAGAAUCAAUGCCUUUAAAUGUAUCAAUUAGGUUACCAGAAGAUGAAAGAAAGAAUUUAAUAAAAAGAAACUUAGAGGGUGCUUUAGAUAUUAAAGAUCUUAAAUUUAAUCCAGCUGCAAUAAAAUUCAAUCAAGAAGAAAUUAAGAAAGAAUCUGAUGUAAAAUUAGAAACUCUUCAGCCAAAGAAAGAAGAACAAAAGGAAGAUAUUAAAGAGUCAGUUUUAAGUCAGCCAACGUUACAAAACUUUGAGCAACAAAAGCCUCAGUAUAAAACUGAGUUAAUUAUACCAAAAGUUACAGUAGAGAAGCCAAUUAUAAAGGAAGAAUUAGAUUCCAGCAAUGACGCUUCUCUCCUUAGCAUAAGCUCAAGGGAGGAUUCAAGUAGUCAACCGCCUUCCCAUAAUUUAUCCUAUAAAGAUAACUCUCUGUAUAUGCCUCAAAAUAUGAAUAUCAAAGAUUCGAUAAGUUUUGGCAUGAAAGAUCCACCACUUAUUAAUCAUUUACAACCGAAACACGCCAUGAACCUUAAAGAGAAUAAAGAGCCUAUAAUUAAUAUGAAUCAUUCAAGUUACAUUAAAGAUGGAAGGGCGCAAGAUCAGUUGACAUUUGGUUAUCAAAAUAGGGAACCUGUCAGGGAUAGCUCGAAUAAUAGUAGCGGUACAGUAGUAAAAAUGGAACCUAGGGAAGAGCCUAUGGAACUGACUAAUCCCAAUAGAAAUGAACCUCAGCCAUAUGGAAAUAUGCAACCUUUAAAUAUCCCACAAGUUAUUCCAAUGUCUCAGCAGCUGUCACAAUCAUCUAGACCAAAUGAUGAUGACAGGUUAAGACAAGAAAAACAUGAGAGACCUGAGAGAAUCGAUAGACCUGAUCAUGCACAAAUGCAAAACGCUACACCAAUUGGUCAACCACCUCUUCCUAUGCAGUCGAGCAACUUGGUUACAAUUGGUGGAUCUCAACCGCCACCUGGAAUUGGUCAUUAUGGAUUUAUGACCCCAUAUGGUCAUCCUCAUUCGCCUAGGACUUUAGAAAAACCUCCGCCACAACACUUGCAACAGCAACAGAAUGAGCCUCAAAAUCUCAAAAUAAAGCAAGAAGUGCCUGAAAGCUCCCCUCAAAUGCCACCUUCCAGUAGUUUUUCAAGUUAUAGUUCCAGUAGUCUUCCUCCAAGUUCCCAAGGUUUGCCACCUUCGAAUUCAAGCUUUGUUCCUCCACAACCAAGUCAUUUAUCGGAUCCUUUACAAAGUUUAAAAGAUGUCAAGGUUCCUGGAUAUUUACCUCCACCGCAACCUCCUACAUCUCAAACUCCGGGAUCGUCUAGUUCUGAUAGGCCUCCUUCUGGCCCUGCAAUUGACACUAUCAAAAAGGAACUACCAGACUUUGGUGGGUCAAAUACAAGUAGAUCAAGCGCCAGUCCUGCGCAACCUAAUAGUGAAAAGUGCCUCACACCAAAAACUAGUAGUACCCCUACGCCCCAGGUUAUUUCGCAAACACCUCCUCUUCGCCAGCCUCCAUCCUCUCCUCAUUCAGCUAUUAAUUUGAUCAGUCCGAGCAGCAGUACCGGAAGUAUAGGAGGCGGACCACCCUCGCAUCCGCCCGUGUCAUUGCCGGCACCGCCUAGUCAACCUCACCCAUCCUAUCCAAGUAUGCCGCCACCUCAUCUGAUGCAUCCUUCGUUUUUACACUUCCAUGGACAUCCUGGUUAUGCGGCAUAUCCAUUUGGACCUUACUCUUACCCAUAUCCGGUGCCGCAACCGCAUGCCAUACCUCCUCCUUCGUCACGAGCAGACUUGGUCUGCCCACCAAAAAGUAUUGACACGGUGAGCGCUACUGUAAUGUCUGCGCAACAUAGUACAAGUAGUACAUUGACCACCAAACGAGAAACGAGAGAGCCAGAUGAGCAUGGCAGAGAGAGGCACCAAAGUCAUGAAAUGACAUUGACACAUCAUCAAAGUACAUCGCUUAAUAGUUCAAUACAUGCCAGUGUAGAGAAGCAAGACUAUGGAGGAAGCAGUCAUAGUAUUACAAUAUCUCAUAGUACAAGUACCAGUUCAAGUCAAUCUGUUCAGCACAAAGUUAACCAAAAGACUGUUCGAACAAGUUCACCUCACAGUGGGGUCUCUCAAACUACAAUCCAAACAAAUAGCAGUACCAGUUCAGGCGCACCAUCACACCAACAUACCCACCAUCACACUCAUACUCAUCAUGACAGAAUGUCACCAAGCAGCGCAUUGUUAAGGCAUGGACUUCACUCUAAACCACCUCCAGGAGGGCCACAAACAAAUCCUCAUCAUCUUAUGAUACAACCUCCUAAUAUGGGUCAUCAUCCUGGAUCAUUAGGUCCCCCACCUAUGACAGGUAGUUCAUUGGAUGCUCUUAGAGCGCAUGCAGCUCAAGCGGCUGCUAAUAUUCAACAGCAGCAUCAGCAGCAAGGAGCUAUGCAUCCUCCAAGUACAUCGCCAAUGAAUCCUCCUAAUAAACUAAUAUCCGAUGAAGUUGUUAAAAUCGAACCAGACCCUGAAUGUUCGCCGGAAGAAGAUAACCAGAGUAGUCCAAUUGGCCCGCCUAGAGGGCCGUCGCCAGAACCAAGAAUAGAAGAUACUGAGUGUCACAGAAGCCAAUCUGCGAUUUUCCUUAGGCAUUGGAAUAGGGGAGAGCAUAAUUCAUGCACAAGAACUGAUCUAACGUUUAAGCCUGUUCCAGAUUCGAAAUUAGCAAGGAAAAGAGAGGAAAGGUUGAGAAAACAAGCUGAGCGUGAACGCGAAGAAAGAGAAAGAGCUCAAGCACAAGCAAGGAAAAUUCAGACUCCGGACAAAGCAGAUAUUAAGCCACCUUCCAGAGGACCUUUGGAGAGCAUAUCGGGACCCUAUGAACGGUUUCCAAGGCCAGGAUUUACUGACACGCCAGCUUUGAGACAGUUGUCAGAAUAUGCUCGUCCCCAUGCUGGGUUCAGUCCAGGCCAUAUGCCUAGGUCAUUACUACCCACAUCUGUGAUGGAUCCCAUGCUCCAGUACCAGCUGAGUAUGUACGGGCCAGGUGCACGCGAAAGAUUAGAAUUGGAGCACUUGGAAAGAGAGAAGCGUGAAAGGGAGAUCAGGGAAUUGAGAGAAAGAGAACUCAAUGAUCGCUUAAAAGAAGAGAUAAUGAAGACGGGAAUGCGAGGGCCUCCCAAUCCCGUAGAUCCGCACUGGCUUGAAAUCCAGCGACGCUACGCUGCGGCGGGUCUUGCUGGUCCACCGGGCGGUCCACCUAGUUUAUUACCUCAUCAUUUUGCUUUGUAUCCAGGAGGUAGCGCUGCUCAGCUGUCCCAGAUGGAAAGAGAAAGGCUUGAACGUUUGGGUAUACCACCUCCAGGAGGGCCAGGUCCUUCAGGGCCCCCUGGUCAUCCCCAUCAUCCCGCCCACGCUGCAGCGCAACUAGAAGCUGCGGAGAGAUUAGCCUUAGCGACUGAUCCCAUGUUGAAGGUACGGCUGCAGAUGGCGGGGAUUUCUCCAGAGUACCAUGCGCACACGCACGCUCACACUCAUGCCCACACGCAUUUACACCUACAUCCGCAACAGCAGCAAGCUCAACAGGAAGCGGCAGCAGCGGCUGCAGGAUUUCCCUUGCCAGCAUCAGGGACGCCUGGUUAUCCACGGCCAGGCUUAAUACCUGGUAGAGAUGGCCCUCUUGGUUUGCAUCACCCUGAUCUUUUAGGAAGACCUUAUGCAGACCAGCUUGCACAUCAGGCUGCUGCCCACGAACAGCUACAAAGGCAGAUGCUGUUAGAAAGAGACAGAUUUCCUCCCCAUCCCUCGAUUGUUGCCCAACACGAGGAAUACUUAAGGCAGCAAAGAGAGCGCGAACUUAAAGUGCGGGCGCUGGAAGAAGCGGCUCGAGGGUCAAGACAGUAAAAUAAAUUGAUAUUAUUAUAUGGGCCAAAGUUUUAAUACGCUGGACAUCAGAACUAUGGGACAUUUUACGUCCCAGCACAAAAUCGGAAGAGGAUGACCGACAGAGAAUAAAAAUAUGAAAUAUAUCACGUUCGACUUUCGUAGUAAUUUUAAAAUAAAAUAUAAAAUAUAUUUCAGAAUUAUAUAGAAUCUUAAUUUUUUAAAAUAUAUUUUGCAAUUGAUUAGAAUAAAGUUUUGUAUACUGCUGUGGUUGUUAGAUUUAACGUAAUUUAUUAUGAAAAUAGUAUUUAUUAAAAUGCAGAAAUAAUAAAAAGAAAUGUAUUCAGAGAAGCUUUAACAUUUUUUCUUAAUAUAAGUAAGUUUACAAUGUCAAAAUAUGAGCUCAUUUUUGACACCCAUAUUUUUAAUGGCGGACUUAUGAUAAAGUUAAUUUGCGUGUUAUAUAAUUUAUUUUUCAGUCGAAUAUUUUUAUUUAAAAAGAUUCAAGAUUAAAUCUAUAGCUAUAGCUUUAUACAAUUUCCAGUAAAAGAAAAGGAAACACAAGUUUGAGUUUGUAUGCAUAAAUAGUUAAUUUUUUAAAAUCUAGCAAAUCAAUAUUUAAGACUGUAUCUUCAAACAAAUCAAAUAUUUUAAUUUACUGGAAUUCGUUUUUUUAUCUAAUCUUUUUACAUGGACAUUGCUUUUAGAGCCAUAUUUUGACAAUUCAUUUAUAGAAAUAUAUUUUUAGAGAACUUAGACCUCAAAAAGGUAUCACUUGUAAAAAUGUAUUAUCAAUUUUUAAAAAUAUUUUACUAAAAAUACAUAAUCAUUGAAAAUGUGUACUUUAUUUUUCUGCAUUCAGUGUAUAUAUUAUCUAAUUUCAUAAUUAAGUAAUAAUUACAAUAUUACUUUGAUAUCGUUUUAUAGCAAUACAUCUCAAAUUAAAUUUAUUGUAUAUUUGUUUGUACAUUUUUUUGUAUCAAAUGUCUUAUUAUGUCAAACAGCAAUGUAAGUAUUUCGUCUUAAGUAAAACUUGUCAUCGUCUUUUGACAUCAAUUUAACAUAUAUAAUAGUAGAUAUAAUAUUGAUCCAAUUUAAAAAACUUUAUUUGAAAAAGCUGUCUUUUUUUGCACAAGUCUCUGGGAUAAUUUUUUUUGUUAAGAUUGCACGCGAAAUACCCGACCGAUUUUCGUUUAUGCGCGUGUAGAACUGCGAAAUUAACGGACAACAAACGCAACAUUGUUGAGUAUGCGAGUUGACUAGUGGGACAUAGAAGCUAGUACAAAUUUGUUGUAUGUCACAUUUUGUCAAAUUUGGUGUAUUCUGGCUAUCCUAAAAAUUGCGUAACUCAAUCUACCUUCAUUCCUGAUUUAUUUAUUUAAGUUGUUUGGGCGCAAUACAGGGUGUUCCUUAAUGGAAUGCUAAUAUUUAAGGGGGUGAUUGUUGGGCCUAUUCUAAGAAAAAAACUUCAUAUGAAUGUAUGUCUUAAACAUCUUAAUUUUUCAAAUAUACGCAUGGUUUUGAUUUUUAAUGAGAAAAAAUUUACUUCUGGGGUCAAAUAAAUUUAUAUACUAGGGUCGUAAUAUCUAGGCUUGGGUUCCGAUUUUCGUGUGCGCGAAGAGUAUGGUCAACAGGCUCAGUAAAAUUAAGAUGUACUGAAUAAAGAAAGAAGAGCAAGUAUUUUCUCAAGCAUAUGGAAUCUAGUGUCGAAUUAACAGGUUAUGUAAUAAAUACUUCAUAUUUUUGCUCUCUCCGACUUACUAGAUUCUACGACUUGCUAGAUCGCCAUAGCGAUUCACUCCUACACAUGUAAACGCCAACCCAAGGUUUCGCUUACCAGGAUGGUAUACAGAUUGUUAACUGGACAGUUACUUAUAGGGGAACAAUGGCAACACUGCCUAUUGAGAACGCAUGCACUUAUAGGGUUUUCUGCCGACGACGAGCGGGCCGAGGUUGCCAUAUUUCAACCAUAAAGCUCUUGCCGCGAGUAAUAAACCAAUUAACAACCUGUAUCUGCUUUUAAUGCAAUUAGUCUAUAGCACACAAAACGGCAUAUAUCAAAUAUUUAAUUUUUUAUGAAAAAUAGGAAAACUUGAUUGAAAUUUUAUAACUUUUGCUAUAAAGUUAAAGCACCAAAUUUCUAACCGUUUUCUCACAGUAAUCGUUUCUCUUGGGCCAAACUUUUAGAACUGCGUUUUUGUCAAUUACAUAUUUUUAAGAUACGCCCCUUUAUAUGCAAGGCGAUGAGGUAAGUGUACGAAUUUACAGCUAUUUAGGUUAAAACAAUGAUUCAUUUUUAACAAAUAGUAGCCGUAGCUUCUGGCUGAAGCAAAAAUAACUAAUUGUAGUCCGUUUUUUGUCAAAUAUUUCUCUACUGCUAUAGUCAUAUACCAUAUGUCGAAAAAAAAACGGUGUCCAGUUUGCUUUUAAAUGAACAUCGAUGACAUUCUCUAUAUAAUUUUACAUAUAAAAUGACGGCGAUCUUUAUUUCAUAGCCAUCGUUGACGCCGUUUUUAUUUCAACCAUAUGGUAUUUACUUAGUUAAAUGUUUUUAUGUAUAAAGAAAAGUUAAAGCAAUAGUUAACGUCAAAUUCGAUUUUUUUUAAUAGUAUAUUUUAAAAAGAAUUAAGUCGAAAUUGUAUAAAAUCUAUAAUUAAAGAGUGGAAAUACCAACGGGGUAAGCCAAAUUUUUCAAUAUUAAGUUAUUGCAUUUAGGUCGGUUUUACACGCUAUGAGAAAUGCUAGCAAUUAAUCGUAACGAUCGAAUUGUUUCGAUUUAUCGUUGGGUAUAAACAGGAUAUUGUAGCGAUUUAUUGGAAUUGAAGUGAUGAUUGAUGCUCUCCGGCAUCAAUUUCUGCGAAUCGUAACGAUGUUUGAACGUCUAAACAAGUUGCACCGCAUUUCUCGUUACGAUGUCGUUCGGUUUAUGUUUUCCAUUGUUGUUUCAUCGGGUUUUGUGUAUACAUCGAGAAUAGGUAUGGCAGGCAAUUCAAACAGACAAACUCUUCGAGAGUUCUUGAGUGAAUUUAUAGAACUUUAUCGAACUUUUACCUGUUUGUGGCUUUUUAAAAGUAAAAAAUACUCUGACAGGAAUAAAAAGGACUUUGCGUAUAUUGAACUCGUUAACAAAUACAAGGAGUUUGGUCCCUCGGCAGACAAACACUGUUGUGAAAAAAAUUAAUGCCUUGCGUACGGUUUAUAAGAAAGAACUGUCGAAAGUGCAAAAAAUCGGAAAAAUCCGGGGCAAAUCCUGUAACCAAUCCAAACCACACUACUUCCUCCAUGGCAAAAGCUAUUUUGGAGUCGAUAUCGAGAGCUCUCGAUAACGAAAUAUGACAAAACAUCGUUGCGAUUUAUCGUAGCGUGUAAACAGUACUCCACUUUUCCGAUUAAUUGAACCAUAAAUUUGUCAAUCACAUUGUUACAAUUUCUCGUAGCGUGUAAACCACCCUUUAGAAAUGUAAUAAAUAUCAUGCUGCAUGUCCAUAGACGCGUCUAUUUUUUGUGUAUAUUAUACCCUGCUGGCAAGCGAAACCUUGGAUCGGCGUUUACAUGUUUAGGAGUGAAUCGCUAUGGCAAUCUAGUAAGUCGGAGAGAGCGAAAAUGCCAAAUAUUUAUUACAUAACCACUUAAUCUGACGCUAGAUUCCAUGCGCUUAGGAAAUUACUUGUCUUCUUUCUUUAUUCAGUAGGUACAUCUUAUUUUGCUAAGCGUGUUGGCCGUACUCUUCGUACACACGAAAAUCGGCACCUAAAACUAGAAAUGCCCUAGUAUGUAUUUUAAAAGAUAUUUUAAAAAUGUAUUAGUUUCAGUUCUACUGUGUUUUUCACAUUGAUCCCGUAAAAAUAAUUUUGGCACUUACCCCCUUUGGUAUUUCCACUCUUCAAUUAAUGAUUUAUGAUAAAUAUUUAAUAAAAAAUAUUUAAUGUGCAAUAAAUCUGGAAUAUGCCUUAAGUUUGAUUGAGAAAUUAAAAAUAUAGUACCUAAUAUACAAAAAUAUUAAUACAAGACAUUGCUGUUUGACAGGCAGUGACCAAAUUUCUAUUAAAGUGAAAGAAUUGCUACAUCACUAUUUAAUACAAGUAUGAGGCACUUAAAAAUGGAGAAUUUGUAAGAAAAAUACAAAUUUAUUUUGAAACCACUUCUUGUGAUCAUUUUCCAAAUAAAAUACUUAUGAUCUAAAAUGAUUAUUGUACAGUCUUCCUUAAAAAAUAAAUGUUUAUUUAAUAGAAAUAAUUUAAAUAUCUGUUCUACCUUUUAUUUAUUUGUACUUAUAGUAUGAUAUCUAUAGAAGUACAAAAUAUAAGAAAAGUAUUUAUAGAACAGAAUGUUAUUUUAUUACUAUUAUUUUAACAUGACGCACAUAUAUUUACUUUUGUAAAACUUUUGUCUUGUACAGACCUGUAUAAUCUUACGUAAGUUGAGUUCUAUAAGAUAAUGGAAUUAUUUAAAAUUAUUUUAGUAAAAAAGCAGAAAAUGUUUCAUUUUAAAAAAAUGAACCGAAAUCAUGUUUUUAUUUUUUACUAAUUUUAUAUAAUUCCCAUCUUAUGAAAACGUUUGUAGUAAAAUUUGCAAGCAUUUUAAAGUGUAGAUCGUGAUUUUUUGUUUAUUUUAUUGAGUAUUGAUACUUAUCGUGUAUUUUUUGUACAUUUUUGUUUCUAAAUUUAAU